AUAAGAGGGAGGGAAAAGCGAGAGAGAGGUCUACAAGGAUAGAGAGAGCAAGCAUCCCAUGACGCCUGCAGCCCCAGAAUGACAUCAGCAGGUCGAAAAAGAAGCGCAGGAGGGAGAUGGGAGGCACCCCUACUUUAUUAGAUUUCGUGCUGAGGUCCUGCUCACCAGUGAGGAUGCUACUGCGCCUCUGUGAGGACGCUUGUGAUGUGCGCCAGCGGAGAGGCUGGAACAUGGCACAACGAUGAACUUCAGUGGAGACAAAAGCGCAAAAAGGACCGUGAAAGAAGUCCUGAGACUCAUAGACUGAAACUGUUCUGCAGGGAUCAUUUUUCAAUUGAAGAAAAGGCGCGUUUUGACAACAUAUCUGGCUUCACGCGCAGGGCUGGAGAGCUCGAUGUUAACUUUGACUUUUCUCCUUUUCCUUUGACUGGAAACGCUUUCAUCUGUGCGGUUGUUCUUCACAGGGAAAGACUGGUAUCUCUUUUUAUUAGUAAAUCGAUGUAAAUAUUGCAUAUUUUAUUUUGAAUUCACCUUUCCAAUUGUUGUUGUUUUUGUGUAGGACAGUCAGGCAGACGCGCGACUCUAAACGAGGACGCACGGAGAUCGCACACGUGCCAAGAUUAUUAACUCUGAUCUAAUAUUGUAUAUUCAAUUCAAUUUUGCUGUAUUCGAUUACACAUUUACCAUAUUAGAUAAUUAUAACUCAAAUCCUCCCAUCUUACUAAUUCACUGAUGCAAAAGGGAUCAACUUUGUGCGUAAAAUAAGUUUUUGUUCUUUUGGCUCUAUAGUAAAGGCUGACGCACAACAGCCAACAUCAAAACCAUUUAAUUCUCCUAUUGGAUAUGGUGUAACCGACAGAGUGGCACGCCUAGUUAAUUAAAAAGCAUUGAUCCGCGUCCUGACGCACAGCCCCCGGACUGUUUUGGGCUUAAAAUGGACUUGGAAAACUUGGCGUGGAGAAUGCAAGGGAGCUAACGUUUGGAAUCAACGCGGAGAGAAAACAAGAGCAAACUAAGCCUCCUGGAGAUCUAACCCAGCAUGGCCUCGGGUCCGGACAGUGGCUGCUCGCUGGAGCUAAACGGCUGGAACAGCAGCGCGAGCGGCUCCGGAGCCUCCAUCCCCUGUAACCAAAGCAUUCUGAAGCUCGCCCCCUACUCUCCUGAGGCCACGGCGGCCUUCGCCACCGCCAUCACCCUUAUGGCCGCUUUCACCAUCGUAGGAAACGUCAUGGUCAUCAUCGCCGUCCUGACCAGCCGCUCCCUCCGAGGUCCGCAGAAUCUCUUCUUAGUGUCUCUGGCUGCUGCGGAUAUUUUAGUGGCCACUCUCGUUAUCCCCUUUUCUCUGGCCAAUGAGCUGCUUGGCUACUGGUACUUUAAAUCUCUGUGGUGUGAGAUCUACCUGGCGCUGGACGUGCUCUUUUGCACCUCCUCCAUCGUGCACCUAUGCGCCAUCUCCUUAGACCGCUACCUGUCCAUCUCCAGGGUCACCUACGGCCGUCAGCGGACUCCCAAGCGCAUCAAAGCCGCCAUUGUGGUGGUGUGGCUCAUCUCUGCCAUCAUCUCCUUCCCUCCUCUGCUCUCUCUGAACAAAAGUGAGGGAGGGGACCUGGGCAGUGAGCGAGGACCUCAGUGCCAGCUGAAUGAUGAGCGCUGGUACAUCCUCUACUCCACCAUCGGCUCCUUCUUUGCUCCCUGCCUCAUCAUGAUCCUGGUCUAUGUCAGAAUCUACCAAAUCGCCAAGCAAAGAACUCGCUGCCCCCCAGGAGAGCCAAGGAAGGAUGGGGUUGGAUCUGCUACGCCAAGUCAGCCUCCAAAACAUGUCCAAGCCAAUGGAAAGGAUGGUGAAGAAAGCACACCUCCAUCAUCAACCAAAAACUGCAAUGACAGACCCCCCAGCCUCGCCAUAAACACCUCUCCUCCUUCAGGAGAGACCCAAACUUCCCAGAAUCCCACCACCAAUAAUCUCCUGCAGCCCCCAUCCCCAUCUCUACCUAUGACUCCUGUCACAGCCUCCCAGGACACCUCUGCCCAUGCCCCCUCAACCCCCUCUUCUGUGCCUGCCCCUGCCAAAACCAAAAAGGAGGAGAAGAAGAAGAACAAGAAGGUCAAGCAGGGGAAAAAAAAACCUGACAAUAACAACGGCGACAGCUCUAGCACAGACAGCGAUAUGGAACACAGCCACGGAGGAGGCCGAGGCAGCACCAGUAUGCCAGGGUCACCUGCAGGAGGGGGGGUUCACUCCCCGGCAUCGGUCAAGCGUUACCGGGACAUGAUGGCCACGUCAAAGGGGGCUCGGCUGGUGCCUGGGAGGAAGUCAAAAACAGAGAACAACCCUGGAGCAGCGAGGCGGAAAGCGAUGGUGAACAGAGAGAAGCGUUUCACCUUUGUGCUGGCGGUGGUCAUCGGGGUCUUUGUGGUGUGCUGGUUCCCGUUUUUCUUCUCUUACUCUCUGCAGGCAGUGUGUCCAGAUACCUGUGCCAUCCCUGAUCCUCUCUUUAAGUUUUUCUUCUGGAUUGGGUACUGCAACUCCUCGCUCAACCCCGUCAUAUACACCAUCUUCAACAAAGACUUUAGAAAGGCCUUUAAGAAGAUACUCUGCAGAAGCACGAAGGGGACUUUCUUUUAGUAGUAGACACAAACAUCUUUUCCUGCAGCAUAGAUAACUGACCAUUUCAUAUUUUCAGAUCACAUUUAAAGGGCUCAUAUAAAAAAGCACGUUAACCAGUGAAAAUUCCAGCAGAAAAUCUAGAACUGAAAGCCUCUCUUUUACAGCCACAGUGUGAGCAAACAGAAAACUUGCACUGUGAAAUUCCAACUUCCAACUGAUACAGACACACAGACAUUGUUACAGGGUGUGGGGCAAAAAUAGGACACUGAAUAGAGGCAGUGUGGAACACUAAAGGGUUUAGCACUCACUAAGAUUUGAAAUCAAAUUUGAUCUUUAUUUCAUAUUGAAGAAUGGAAAACUCACAAGAGAAUCACAAGAGAAAUGUCCUUAAAGAAAGUAAAUACAGAAUGUUAAAUGUAUACAGUUGUGCAAUUGUUUAUGACUUCAGAAUUGAUAGGGAAAGAAAACUGGUAGAAAAAAGAAGGAUAAGUAACCUUUGAUUCCAGUGAGCCGAGGGCCUUUUACUUAUCUAUAAAGAGCACAAAAAGGGUGGUGGUGAUUUCUUACGUCUGCAGUCUUAAUUUGCCUCAGCUGCAGGGCAAACAUGUGUCUCUCGAUUUUUAUCUAAAAUGAGCAACAACAAGAGAAGGUUUUUCUGACAAUCUCAAAUGUGAUAGCACAGACAAGGGCGCCCUUUCAAACUGAGCUUUUUAUGUGGAGAGCUCCUCGCGUCAGACACCUCGCUCUCGGCAGGGUGUGGGUCACAAGGGACACUCAGGUUGUUUGGUAUGACACAUUGGGAUUUGACAUUUCGUGAAGCAUAUGCUGAGCUAAAGUCUGCUGGAUUUGGGACUUAAAAGCACAUCCCUUGGGUUAGCCGAGAUGUUGAAGACACCUUGUGAACCCUGUUUCCUGAUUUUAACUCUGGAUGGAGCAGACUAAUGCUUCAGUAUUUCGACAUUUCAGUGACAGAAAACUUGUUGAAGCCUCUUGAACGUGCUUCAGAGGUUACUCACAGAACUCAAUGGGAGGUGCAUCAAGAAGACUGAAAAACCUGAUCUAACAUGUGAACAUUAUUUUCUCAGCAGGUAGACAUUUACAUUGACUCAAAAGGACAGAUUUGUGUAAUGUUACCCCUGAUAUGUGUGUUUUUUUUUCAAGAAUCACUUGGCUGAGUCACUCCUCACAGACGCCUCCGGCACAUCCUUGCCUGUGGUGGACCUCUACACGGCACAUUUGGGCUUCUCUCUGAGAGGCGAGAGAAUGAAUAGCACAUUUAUUUUUCUCACCAAGAGACUGUGUCUGCUUCCUCGACAAAGAGAGGACAAAAAAUGUGUCUGUAACUGUGAACACCACACAGGCUUAUUGACUCAAUGGGACAAGGGCUGUCAGCAGUAACUCUUCAGUUUGCUAAUUGUCUAAUUCUGCUGACCUGUGUGACUGCGUGUGUGCAUGAGAGACUGCGUGUGUGUUGACCUAAUGUUAUUUUCUGUAGAGUGUCAGUGCCUUCUCUGGCUGCUGUGCACUACAGAUCUACUGUAAGAUUAAGAAGGAAGGAGAGCAGAUUUUUGGGUGCAGGCCUUGCUUUUCUGUCUGUCAUAUGAAUGUCAAGGAGAAGGAGAAGUAUAACUCCAUGUUUAGACAGUCUUACUGAACCUAAAGUCAGUGUUUAACAGUGAUAUUUAGUAAAUGGCUUUUUAUUGAUCACCCUCAAGGGACCAAAGAGCCUUACAGGACACCAGCCUGACUCAGUGAUAUCCGGCUCUAUGUUGCUUUAAGUGAACUUUAUAUUUGAUGUUUGUGACGGGAGGCAGAGAUUGAAAACACUGUAUUAUUUAUUUCAAACUUUUUGUGCUUGUUGAACUGUCUGUUAUCUAUUUAUUGUUCAGUUACUGUGCUUUUUGUUCUUAAAGUGGAACCGAUCAAAGAGCGAGAACACUGUACAGAUUUUUAAUAUCUUGAAGAAGUUGCUUUGAGAGAUUGAGCUACGUUUGAGCUUGAGGGGAGAUGUGAUUUGUGUUGAAUUGAAAGCACACAAGCCUUGAGUUUUUGUGCAUAAUGCAGAAACUACAGUGCAACAUCUAUCAUCAUUGUAUCAUGUAGUUCUGGUAAGGAAAAAAAAGUUUAGUCAAGCACAUUCAUGGAUGUAGAAAUUAUCAAGCAUUCUGCAGCAGGAAAAAAACUCGCCUCACCAGUGUUGUCAAACUUUUCCUAAAAGAGAAAUCGAUCGUGAAAAUGUCAAUUGCACCCAAAGCCAGUUUCAGUUGGAUGAUUUGCAGGCUUUGUGCAGGACAUUAAGGCUACAAUCCAUACUAUACCCAGCGCUUAGAGAUCCAAAUAACCAAUAAGAAGAAAAUUGUGUAGAGUAAGAGCUGCUUGCACCCAUACCUCUGUUUCAUGUCCUUGUCUGAAAUGGUUAUUUUUCUCUCCUGAAACACAAACAGCUUAAGCAAAGUAAUUAUAACAAAAAUAGCCACACGGUCAUGGAUUCAUGACUGUGUUCAGAAAAUACGACUCGUAAUGCUGCUCAAACUUCACCAAACCAUGGCUUUAAGUGGUGAGACUGCUGCUUUGUUUAUUUAAGAAAAGUAUGAUUUAUGGCUUAAAGGUGACAGGUGCAAUAAUCCGCCUCUUGAUCACCAUCUUUUCCCCUGAAAGCGCCUGUAUUGUCUCUUCUUCUACAGUGUUUGGACCAAAAUGCAUGGUCUGAGCUUUACAAUCAUCUAUCCCCCAUUUGUCAUCACGCCAUCUCCAGUUUGGAAAUAAAGCUACUUGAAAACGUA